AAAACUACAACAAAAAUAGAACAAGAAAAAGAUAGAAACAACAACAACAAUAACAAACAUCUACUACAAGAACAAACGCCGCUAAGUAGAUACAAAUCAUAGAAAUUUCUUUUGUCGAGGCACCGCGCAAAGUUACAUUUUGCAUAGUAGACUUUUAGGCGCCGCACACUUAAAGCAAAACGAAUUCAACAAAACACGAAACAGACAGACAGACAGAAAACAAAACCAACCAUCCAUCCGACAAGUUCAGCAAACAUUCCAAGCAAAAACAAAAAGCAAACCACCAUCGCCACCAAAGCCACAGCCACAGGCACCAUCGCCGACACCACGAACCACAAUAUGAGCCUCAAUAAGAUCAAGAAGCGAGACUCGAGCGACUUAUGACUGAUGCGCUCAAAGGGCCAUGGCCAUGCCACCGUCAGUCUGGGCGCUGGCAUUGGCAGCGGCAGUCGGUACAAGGUUACGUGUGUACCAGAAGUGAGCAUCACAUCGCCCACCAGUGGUGGCCUCCUCCAUGAGGCACCAUUGCCGCUGCCGAGUCCCAUCUCGAUCGCACAACAGCCACAGCCACAGCCACAGGCGGCACCACAGAGCAAUGCGAAACACUUUGCGCUGCUGCAGCGCAGUCGCUCACAGCCACAGCCACAGUCAUCGUCUAACAGCAUUUUCUCCACGCCUUCAGGCAUAGGCCCUGCUGUGGGCAGCGCCACUCUGGUCGAGGAGGAGGAUUUCAGCUUGGCAGCGGCUAGUGUCAGCAGUGUGGCCGCCAAGAACGUGCUCCAGCGACAGUUGGCCACCACCACCAUCGUUCAUCAUCAGCAGCAACAGCAGCAGCAGCAGGAGGAUCUCGAUUUGGAUUUGGACAGCGAUCGGGAACGGGAACCGCUGCAGAAGUUGCCGUUAACCUUGGAGGCAUCGUGUGAGCCACCCAACGAGCUAACACCUCUGGUGGAGGAGGAGCCCAGCGCCAGUGCCGCUGCCGCCCAAGCCACAGGAGCAUCCACGAGCAAUCGCUAUAGCCGCAACUCGAAGACCACACGCUCCUGGCCCGUCAUCUAUCGCAAUCCGCACCACUGCGACUACGAGGCUUUGUACAUACAGCAGCAGCAGCAUCCCCAGGGAUCGCAGAGCUUCAAGCAGAACUGCUACUCGAAUCAGUUCAAGCAAUCGAUCGUCUACUCCAGCAGCAAUGAGGAGGAUCUGCCCGGCGGCGAGCAGCAGUUAACGGAGCCGAGGCAGACCACCUGCUACUAUUUUGCACCCAGUCGCCACAACAGCAUUUAUGAGCAUCCCUCGUCCGUGGUCGGUGGCUCCUUGCAGUUCGACGCAGGAAAUUCGAGCGCUAACGCAGCUACAUCCGCCGUUGCAGCGGCUGCCGUCGAGAGUCUGAGGCGCAGCAACAGCAUCCUGUUGACGCAGAACAGCUGCGCGAAGGUAAUCCAACGUCGUGGUAGCAACGGCAGUGGUUCCCCCACAUCUCUGGCCUCACACAUGGACGGCCUGGGCAUGGGCAGUACGGCGGGAGGGAGUGCUUGCUGCUCCAGCUGCUGCAUGGGUCCACCGCCGGUGCUGUUUCUCUUUGUCACCCUCCUGAUGACCACCAGUGCCACGGCCAUGCUGUGUGCCGCCAUCAUGACGGAUCACUGGGAGCACGUCACAUGGGAUCGGAAUAGUCUGGAUCGUUACACAAAUCGAUCGGGUCUGCAUCUGGAGUGGCUGCUGGAGGAUCAGGUGGCCAUGCUGAAGCCAGAUAAAAGAGCCGAUCAUCGCUUUCGUCGCGACUCUGUAUUCCUGGUGCCCAUGCAUGGUGGCAUAUGGACUCUGUGCAUCGAUCUGCCCAUCCAGCAGCUGCAGGAACUGCGACGCAAUCCGAAAUUCCCACGUGGAGCCCCGCCAUGCGUCAACUAUCUGGCGGGAUCCAUGGAGAAUGCACGCGGGGAGGAGCAGCGCAACGAUUGGCAGCACAGUGAGUCACAGGUCACUCUGCAGCCGCAUCUGAGAAUGCAAAAUCUCUCCAUAUCCUGCUCAUUGGUGUGCCUCAUUAUUUUGGGCAGUGCCGCUUUGGUUGGAGCCUUUGGCGUCUGCCAGCGUCAGAUUAGUGCAAUCCUCAUCACAGGUGUGAUGUAUCUCCUGGCAGCUCUCUUUGCACUCUUCACGCUGAUGAUCAUCCACUUUAAGCGACAGCAGGGACGACCUAUGCUGGACAGCGACUAUGAUGGCACUGUGGAUGGCAUUGUGGCACGCCCCGGGGGAGUGGCCAUCAUGGCCAAGCCUCUGCUGGGCGCACGCAUAUUCCUAACUUCCUGGAGCCUUGACUUGGGCUGGGGCGGCGUUGUACUGUGCGCCAUCACAUCGGUGCUGUGGAUUUUGCUGUCAAAGAUCAUGCGGUAUAACCCAUUUUCGGCCUUAAUGAUUUAGCUAAACGCCCUGCCGCUCGGCGGCUAUGGAUAUGCCGGCAGCAGCUAUGGCAGCUACGGCAGCACCAAUAGCACCAGCAGCGGUGGCAGCUCCAGUUUCCUUCUGGCAGCCGUCACCUCGUCGCAGCGGCAAAAGGAGCAUCGUGGGGGCAAGGGUAAAUACAUUCUGUAGAGUGUGUGUUCUGCCCCCCGGCUUCAACCUAACUGUCUUUGUUUCCAUCUAUUGGUGUAAUUUAUUAUCAAACUUAUUUAUAAUCGUUCUUCAAUGAGUGCUCUUAUUCCCUAAUCUUAUAUUAAUGUACCAAGCAAACAAAAACUCAAUUGCCUUGUUCUUAUACACAACUUACUCUAUAAAACAUUAUUGUGAACAAUUAUUGUACUUUAACCAGAAUGUAAAUUCAAUUUACACUCUCUCUUUAAAACUUAACCCACUUACCCCUUUUUGUAUUCUACACGAUUCUACACGACACCAGAACUAAAACUACAACUACUUAUAAUCUAUAACUAACUUUAAAAGCAUAUGUAAACUGUGAGACAUUUAUUUACACGACAACAAAAAACAGAGGCUUUUGCUUUAAAGUGCUUUCUAGUAAAAAGAUUCGCUUGCAAUAGCGUUAACCAAAUCGAAAGUAGAGAAUUAUCUGUUCAGUGUGUGGCAUUUGAUUAAAAUAUUCCCAAUUGAUUGGAAGAAAACUUCAAUUUAGCAAUAAUCUAAUGGAGAAACAAGCAGUUGAAAGCUAGGAAAACGGCUUGGAAAGUACACCCUGUAUAAAACUGCUUUUACUGCUUACAACUGUUGCUGCAGCUAGAAGGAGAAGCAACUAGUGCCCCAUACUGCUUGUAACAAUUUGAAACUGCUUUAAUACUUUAAUGCUUUCCGUCGGUUGGAAGGAUUUUAAAAGAGUGUCACAACAGAAUGAACGAAACUUCACACGAAUUGUAGAACUAGACGGCUACUUAGAGCUCCUACUUGGAGUACAGUUGUACACAAAAAGUAGGGUACGCUUUGAAGCAACAAAUGUAUUGAGAACAUCUAGUGCUUUAGAAAAAAUGGUUUACAAAACUUAUUGUAUAGAAACAAAACAUCAAAAACCAAAACAAGAGAUGCUACAAGUAUAAAUAUGGACAACAAGUGUAUUUUUAUGCAAACGCUUUGCCUUAAAA